UCCAUUCUAUCUUCCAGAAAGAGAAAAAGAAAAGAAAAGAAAAGAAAAGAAAACCCCUAGAUAUCUUAAAACCCCCAAGAUCCAAUCUUUACGUCAAGGAACGGAUUCAAUGUCAACGGGACGCUUCAAGCUCGGCAAGCAGUCCUCCCUCGCGCCGGAUCGCGACGGCGGCGGGCGGGAUCCGUCCGAAAUCGACUUACCGGCCGGCGUGCCGGAGGAAAUUGGCGGGAAUAUCAGGCUGAUGUACUUAGCGAACGAGGGGGAUGUAGAGGGGAUUCGAGAGCUGCUGGAGUCGGGAGUUGAUGUGAAUUUUAGGGAUAUCGACGGCCGGACGGCGCUCCACGUGGCGGCUUGCCAGGGGCGGCCGGAUGUUGUGGAGAUUUUGCUGGCGAAGGGGGCGAACGUUGAUAUUGAGGAUCAGUGGGGCAGUACGCCUCUUGCAGAUGCAAUACACUACAAGAACCAUGAGGUGAUUAAACUGUUGGAAAAAUAUGGUGCUAAACUUAAGAUUGCUCCAAUGCAUGUGAAUAAUGCACGUGAAAUCCCAGAAUAUGAGAUCAACCCCAGUGAACUUGAUUUCAGCAACAGUGUUCAAAUUACCAAGGGAACAUUUCGUGUGGCAACAUGGCGUGGAUCAGAAGUUGCUGUGAAAACUUUUGGAGACAAUGUGAUCACAGAUGAGGAUAAAGUAAGGGCAUUUAGGGAUGAACUUGCAUUGCUUCAGAGGAUACGCCAUCCUAAUGUUGUCCAAUUCCUGGGUGCUGUCACUCAAAGUAGUCCUAUGAUGAUUGUGACUGAAUAUUUGCCCAAGGGUGAUCUUCGUGCUUUCUUGAAACAAAAGGGAGCCUUGCACCCAUCGAAGGCAGUCCGGUUUGCACUUGAUAUUGCCAGAGGUAUGAAUUAUUUGCAUGACCGUAAACCAGAGGCAAUUAUUCACCGUGAUCUUGAGCCUUCAAACAUAUUGAGGGACGAUUCUGGGCAUCUAAAAGUAGCAGACUUUGAUGUUAGCAAAUUGCUGAAAGUGACAAAAAGGGUCAGAGAGGAUAGACCGCUGACGUGUCAAGAUACCGCAUGCAGGUAUGUGGCUCCAGAGGUUUUUCGAAAUGAAGAGUAUGAUACAAAGGUGGAUGUUUUCUCGUUCUCUUUGAUUCUACAGGAGAUGAUUGAAGGCUGCCCUCCCUUUUCCACUAAACUUGACAGUGAUGUUCCAAAAGCAUUUGCCUCUAAAGAGAGGCCACCCUUUAGAGCUCCACUCAAGUUCUAUUCGCAUGGACUUAAAGAGUUGAUUGAGCAAUGUUGGAGUGAGAACCCUGCUGACAGACCUACAUUCAGAGAAAUAAUUGAUCGGUUGACUUAUAUUCAGAACCAUAUUGCUCAUAAGAGACGUUGGAAGGUAAGACCCUUGAGAUGUUUCCAAAACCUAGAAGCCAUUUGGAAAAGGGAUAAUUCUAAUCCAAGCAGCCGGUCCUCUCGGUCCACCAACUCGAACUUCUGAGCAUAUUCCUGAAUUCAUUUUUUUCCCAUGUUGUUUCGUCAUUUAUUUUGACGAGCUAUAAACUGCAUAUUCUUUAUAUCUGGUUGAACUGUGGAAUAUAUAUAUACCUUCGGAUUUUGAUUUGUUUUCCCGUAGGGAUGAAGCUACUGUACACAGUGAAACAAUAAUCUGUCUGGUGUACAGUAAGAUACUUGCAAUAUACACUUUUUUAGAAGAUC